AUUUAAACCCCUUAUAAAGACAAUGGGGAUAGUUCCAGGGUUAUUCUCUUCGUUCCGCAUUCGGGCAGCUCGCCUGCCAAAGGGUUUCCCCGGAGCAAGAAAGAUAACUUCCACUGCGCACAGGUUCGCAGACAAAAGAGAUCAAGAGUCAUCCCAACCAAAUCAGGCAAAUGGUGCAUCAAGCCCGUCACAGGACAAGCGCAAACAAUACAAAGCCAAAAGCGUGGCUCAAGCAGACCAAGAGCUCCGCGAGCGGCUUGAGCAAAUGUCCGGUGGAGGUGGUGCGGCAGGAAUUGAGUAUGAGGAUGGCAAGCCUAAUGCCAUGAAACGCAGCGUCCGAAAUAACAUGUUCCGCUAUAUCUGAUUGAGUGCCAGCCGGGCAAUUAGCUACAAAGUAUGCCUCCUAAGAAGAGCCUGCGCGGAGCGGACUCAUGCCUUACGAUCAACCGAUACCUCUUGUCAGACUUCUGGCACAACCCUAAGACUUCUUCGAAUGAAGAAGCUAGCUGGCCCAGGAUUGAUUGAUAUGGACAGGUGGAAGUUGAUUCUAUCGAGCUUCCAGCCGGAUCAAGAUCCUUGUCAAUUGAUGACCGCAGGAAGGUCUGCCAUGAUGAACAAUCUCCGAAGAAACACGUAUAAAGGAUUUGCUCGAGUGUCUCAGUACGGAUGGAAUACUGUCAGGAUACACGUCAUAUUCUGUCAAUCUCUGAGUCCUGGUCCUAUAUAUGCUAGACAUAAAGCAGAUUAGGAAUAAAAACAG